AUGGCCCCCGAAACACGUUCUCGUGGCGUCCCUCCUUCCAGUCGAGUAUAUAACUCCUCGCCCUCCUUGCAACAGGUACAAUUCCCUGCGCGACGAAAGAAGAUUCGAAGAUAUGAAGGCCCUGAGCGUCCGAGCCUGAAGCAACAGACCUUGACUCAGAUAGAUUUUGUCUCAGGCUUCGGCGAAGACGUUAUAAUCCUCAGCGAUAGCGAUGACGAUAUCCAAGAUGAAGACCCCGGUUCAGAGGACAAGGAGAAUAUGAAGCCGAGUUUACCAAAUGGGCAGGAUCAAAACGCGCAAGAAGAGGAAGAGAAAGGACAAGAAGAAGCGGGAGAUGACGAGGAACCUGUUUCAAUAAGACGGAAGAGAGCAGCUCCAUCGAUAAAACAGAGCAAAAAAAGACGACGAACCAUGGGCGAUGAGUUAAAGAAAGCGAUUACGCCCAGGAAGGAGGACAAAUCGCGGCGGAAGACGUUGGACGAUAUGCCAACACGUUCGAAUUAUCAUACGCAAACACUCACGCAGUUCUUGGGUCACCAGACAUCCUUCGUAGCCGACUCGGAUGACGACCUAGAUCUUGACAAGGAUGAUGGAGACGAUGGAUUUCUUUCGUGGCUAGGCGAACCCGGUAGUCCGAGCGCUGGGCGAGGCAAACGGGACUUUUCAUCGCCAGCUAUGAAGCGGCGUCAUGAAGCAACGGCUGCAAUUACUGCCUCAACUGCGGAUGUAAGCAUGUCUCGGGAAGAUUCUAUUAUUCCCCAGACCCCUGCGAAGAAGAACACUGCCAUUAGAUUUGAUCUUCCCUCGGGGGGGUUACAGUCUCCCAGUCAGAGAAUGGUUGAGCGCUACGGGGCGCCAGAUCAGCAAGACUCGCCAUUGAAGAAUCAUUCUUCGCCCAUGAAACCGCCUCUCGUGAAACUGACUGGGGAGCCACGACGUGUCUCGCCGGGAGUUACGAGACAGUCUUCACUGGUUAUUCAAGACUCAUAUACAACAGAUGGUUGCAUCACGCCCAGCAGGAACCAAGCAAAGGUAUCACAGAGUAAAACACCAACCCCUUUGCGUGUUUUGUUUGAUGCACCGUCUAUACUGAACCCUGUUGGGGACGACGACACGCCGACGAAGAGGAGACGCCCUCGGAGGAAAUCCCCUUCACCAAAGAAGCUCGCCGCGAAGGGAGUGCUAUAUGAGAUCCCUGAUUCCGAUGGGGAGGAUGACGGGUUCGGUGAAGAAGAUGAAGAUGACGGCAAAAACCUAGACGAGAGAUAUGGUGUCGGCGUUGAGACACAGCUGGUCUUGAAUGAGCUGGUGUCUACAGAAGAGAGCCAGCACAGUUGCCACGAUGCAGUGCCUUGUUCGCCACCGACAUCAAGGAUGCAUACACAGGCCGAACCUGUAUCGGCAACAGUCCAAUACGAGCAACAAUCUACAGAAAAUCAGCCAAUCCAUGCAUCCUCAACUUCAUCGAGGCCAACAACUCCGCUGCGACCCAAACCCAUCCGCAAACCUCUGCCCCAUCUCUCUGUCCACACUCAAAUCCAAAGCCAACCUUUCGAAUCUCAACGUGUCCAUGUCUCCAUUCUCCAAUCCCUCCCCGCUCCGUCCGCAAGAUCAGACAUACUCCUCCCUAUCUCAACCGCCUCCCUCGAAGGCCUCAUAACCGGAACCACGCUGCACGUCACCACAUCCUUCAAAAUCCCCUCCCAGGUCGUCCGCUUCUGGCUCUUCGAGAACGGUCUCCUCCGAUACAUGGCCUCUGUCGAGCCAGGUCAGCAAGUCCCACCUGCCGGCUUCUCCUCAUCUUCCCAGGGGAGAUGGCAAUUCCACACCAGCCAAGUAUACGAACUAAACAACCCCGUGUGUGAAGACGACAUGCGCCAGGAAGGAUGGUUGCGUGGUCAAAUUGCCCGAUACAAAUACCUGCCGCCCGCUGUCAUCGGACAAUUACUAUGGAACUUGAGACACGCCCUAUUUGCCGACGAGCCCUGCGAGCAACAAGUCGCCAGUUCACCCGUCCAUCCCGGCUCUCAGCCCAAGCUGCCUCGAGGAGACGACGAAGACCGCGCACGAAACUGUCCCCCCAGCUCCGCACCACCAGGCAGCAUGACAGUGUCGCAACAGAUCACGGCCCAAAUCCACAGCGACAUCGCAUCGUCCACUCAGUUCCCAACGUCAGACGACAUGGUUCCAUCGACGCCAGACUUCAACGAGCCCCUUAAACUCCGCUCCUCGUCGAGAACAACCACUCUCCCUACCCCCUCGGCACCCAAGCAACCCUCAAGAACAGUCCGGCCUUCCCAAGCCACCACCCUCUCGCAACCAUCCACCCCCGAGAAACAGACUCAGCAGCCAGCAAGCAUGCCCCCGCCUCCGCCUCCGCCACUCAAUCCCUCCCAGGGCAGUGUGCAGUUCGCUGAAAGCAGUUACCUCAGCAGCUUACCCAUACCGUCUUCUUUGGGAUCCACGUCACAGCUCUUGACAAAGAGUCAGAUGCUGCCGGACAGUUUGAUACAGGACCAUGCCCCACCCGUACAGCCCGAGAUAUGGGACUCCGAUGAAGAGGAUGCGUCUUUGUAG